AUACUCUGUAAACUGCCAUAAAGCACCAUAGAAGAAGAAAAAGAAGGAAAUUUAGCUGUUUUGGGCGUGUUGCUGUGAAAGCUUUUUAGGUCUUACUGGAUAUGUUUUUAGGUCAAAAUGUGCAACGGUUGUGUGCAUAAAGAGUAUCCAGACCGGGGUAACACUUGUCUGGAGAACGGCUCAUACCUGAUGAACUAUCUGGGCUGUGCGAGCUGUCAUCAGAGAGACUUCGUGUUGAUCAGCAACAAGGCCACCGAGGAUGAAGAUGGGGAGGAACUCGUCACAUAUGACCAUGUUUGCAAAAACUGCGACCACGUUAUCGCCAGACACGAGUACACCUUCUCCGUUGUAGACGAAUAUCAGGAGUACACCAUGCUCUGCAUGCUGUGUGGAAAGGCAGAGGACUCCAUCAGCGUGUUGCCAGAUGACCCCAGACAGUCUGCACCUCUCUUCUAAACCGCAUGACAAACCUUAAAGGUUAUCAACAUGGAUCUGACACUGGUCGCCCUUGAAGUGCUCCAACCAUCGAAUAUUCAAAGGGUUUAGAUCUCUCCCUGCACAAGAGUUUGCUGCUUGCUUUUAACUUAUUUUGAUAUGCUCUUUGUUACAUUGGCAGUUGAGCAGAACAGUCAUUUUUUUUUAAAUUUUAUCAAGGACCAAAAUCAUCUAUAUUUUACUUGACAAUUGACUGUUAAUAAGAUUUUUGUACUGUUUCACCGAUUGAUGUAAAGCCCAAAUAUAUCUGCUGUUUACUUUUCCUCAAAAGGUUUGGUUUUGGAUAUAUUUGAUUCUAAGGAAAACUGGAUUUUGUAUUUGCCCAAGUUAUCCUAGAUAUGAACGCUUGGUUAACUAUGAGCAACUUACUAAAACAGAACAUUUCUGAUGGGGUAGGAAUACUUUUUACAGUGUAUUCCUAGGUGCUCCUCUAUAAAUAAAUAUAUAAGUUAAGUUUAAUACAAAAUGCAAAUAUUAUAUAUUCAAAGCAUCUAAUCCUCUUCUAUCUUUUUGCCUUCUUUCCAGAUGUGUACAUUUUGCAUGUUUGUAAAUCACGGCUCUGGAUGGUAAAGGCAGAGCCUCAGUAGAGCUGCUAUCUUCCCUCUGGUAUCACAGCUGGACAUAUUUUACUAGGCAAACAUUUCUGCUCUCAAAAUCUUUUAUGAUCCUUCAGUUAUAUUUUAUAUUUCUAACUAAAAGCCUUGUUGUGAGUUUCAGAAGCUAUAAAUGAUAGUAAAACUGAAAAAAAAAAAAAAUAAACAACUUUGCGUUCCAAAUCUAUAAAUGUGUCUAACUUUUUCAGCU